ACGUGUAAGCAAGUAGCUCCGCCGCUUAUCGCCUUGGUCUGAAGAUGUGAUGGUCAGUGAUAGAUAGAUGACCUAGUAAGAGAAUGGUCAUCUCGCUAAUUGACCGCUAGCUGGCCUUAGGGGGAGGAUAAUGGAAACAACACCACGGAAUAAGGGGUGAAAAGACACUGCCAGGCAUUAUAAUGUUUGGGAUAUUGAAAUGAAGUGUUUCUCCGUAUGUGGUAUAUGAUAUAUCAUACAAGUUUUAACUAAACGCCUGCAGGCAUGCAGUUAGUGUAAAACCAACGAUACUGUUCAAAUAAUCUUCAAGACUCAAGGAGUUAUAUCACUGGAUAAAAUGAACAUGUAUGUAAUCCAUCUACAAGCCUCUGGCCCUGACAGACCAAGCUGCCGAUGAAGGCAGUGCGAUGGACGAUUAUGGAGGAGGAGGACGAAGGAGGGGAAGAUGUAAGUGGUUCAAUGUUGCUAAAGGAUGGGGAUUUGUAACACCUGAUGAUGGUAGCCAGGAUGUCUUUGUUCACCAGUCGGUCGUGCACAAGUCUGGAUUCCGGAGUUUGGCAGAUGGGGAGGAGGUUGAGUUUGAAAGCAAACCUUCCGAUAAAGGUGUGGAGGCGACGUUUGUUUGCGGCCCCUCGGGAUCUGAGUGCAGGGGAAGUGACAGAAGACCUCUUUCACGAAAGAAAUUCAGAAAAAUAAGGUGCUACAAUUGCGGUGAUCUAGGGAACCAUAUAGCGGCUAAAUGCCCUCAUGGUCCCUUACCAAAACGCUGCCACAACUGCAAGUCUGUCGACCAUUUGAUUGCUGAUUGCCCAAUGAAGGAACCAGUGAAACGGUCGCGUAAUGAUACAAAUGGCGGAGGAGCUUCCGGUAUGGGAAAUGGGCACGAAGCGGAUCACGGUAGUAAUAUGUUUUACCCCGUUUGAUGACAAGAGAUGACUACUGAUUCCACUUUCAGCAGGUAUUUUGUGUGAUUCAUGAACAAAUGAAGUCAUCUUUUAGUGCUCUGGAUGUGAAGAGGAGACUAUAGAAAAGUUACAUAUGCCUAUAACGGUUAAAAGGAGAUCACCAAGUCAGUCAAAUGUUACGCACAUUUUGUUUUCAAAAGUCGUAUUUUUUAAAUUGACAAAUACAACUACUUCAUCUUGAUAACUAUUUCGAUUGUGUUUCUUAUUUCGAGAAAUAAGGUUUCGUCUGAAGCCUGGUUGUCCAAGCAGUUUUCCUACCAAAAAAACGGCAAUUUCAAUAUCAUUUUCAUUCUGUGAUAAUUAAAAUAUUGAAAUUGUAAUAUCUAAAUCAACAUAUACGAGGAUUUUUAGUAGUCCUCUGAUAAUAAGAAACAUCAAUAUUAGUAGAUGAAGCUUUGAAAUAUAAGGUCAUGUGAUUGUUUACUACCAUAUCUAAUCCAGUGUAUGGGCUUGGGUAUCGGACUGAGAGUGAUGUAGACAGUGAAGCGAGCAGUUGUCUUUCUGUGACUUUUUAAUCAACGUGACCUACCUCAUCAACGUUAUUUGAAUUCCGUAUAAUAUGAUCUAUUUGUAAUGUAAGUUGUUAUUUUCGUGUUAUUGGUCAGAUAACUUGUGUUCGUUUUAAUGAUGUAUAAACAUGUGUUUGUCAGGAAAUUUUCAAGAAUUCAAAUCACGUUUAAACACAAUUUAGUUUGUCCAGUAGUAAUAAAAUGUCAAAAACGAAAUUAGGGAGAGAGAUAAAAUACAAUGAAGUUUAUUGUACAUCCUAUUUUUAACUCAUUGUUCUCUAGGAGCUAUAUUAAGCCGCUGGUGAUUUUUGUUUUGUGCGUUUUUUGACUAUUUGAUUACCUGUGAAUUUUUCCUGAUUAACAAACUUGAAAACAAUAUUUAACCUUUUUCCAAACCUACCUCAUAUUUGUGGGGUUGCUAUGUUGUGAGUUGAAGCAUGUCGUAUUUGUAUACGUUUUUGAUACCGGAGUUAUUAUUUUGCAUUACCGUUCUUACAAAACAAGAGAGAUUUAAACGAGAGAAGUCACGCCCACGAAUAAUUCACGACUGUGUGUAUACUUAGAAUUUUUCAUAGAAUUUUUAAAAUUGGUUUAUGUUAUUUUUCUAGGUGCUUUAUGAUACAAGACGUGACAUCUGUUUAUAACAUUUACAGGGUCAGUUUUAUCCUGGUGACAAAUCAUAGAAGAAUUAACAAUAAAACAUAUACCAAAACACGAUAGUGAAGUGCAAGGCAGCUGUCUAAUAAUAAGAGUCUAGGUGGAAUUAUCAUAACAAGAGUUCAGAAAUAUUCAUGACGUUUGUGGAAAUAUUAUACAAAAUUAUAACUACAAUAUAACAGAGCUACAGAAGACAGAAGACCAAAGCAAGAUUAUUCUUGAGUUAUUCUUGAGUUAUUUUUCAAUAUAUUUGUUAUGAUUUAAUGGUGCUUGUCGAAACUAGUCAAGCGUCGAUUUGAUACAAACACAAAUAUUUUGUUUUACUUUAAUUAUUCGUUUGUGGAAGAAGAUUUUCAUUUGAUCAUAUUUCAUUGUAUUUCCAUUCCUAAUAUCAAACAUUUUAUGUGGAUCACGUGAUCAAAUAUUUUGUGUGUCACAUGAUCAAAUAUUUUGUUUGUCACGUGAUCAAAUAUUUUGUGUCACGUGAUCAAACAUAAUAUAUAUGUAUCACGUGAUCAAAUAUAAUAUAUAUUUAUCACGUGAUCAAGCAUUUUAAGUGUGUAACACGUGUUUUCUCGAAUUGAUCUAAUCUCUGGUGUUUCCUGUAUCUACCAAACAAUUACGGGAUCAGGUCAAUAUCAAGCAAACAUAACCAUUCUUCCUUUAAAACUAAGAUACAAUGGUGACAUAUCUAUUUUGAAAGAAUGUAAAGCGAUGUAGGUAUAAUUUUUUGUGUGGACGUAGAAAAUAUUAUGACUUAUUUUUCGACAAGAACUAUAUUGCAAGUGACCUAAAAUUUGACAUAUUUGUGUUCUAUAAAGAAUCCAGUUUCCUGCUUAUUUGUGUGGUAUGUUGCAAAUGAUAAUCUACUGCCAUUUCAUACGCUAUUAGGUACUGAUCAAUUUCAAUUUUUGGGUGUCCAAUUAUUUGACGUUAGUUAAAACAUUUAUUAUUGGUUAUUAUAUACUGUUGUAGAUGUUUGAAGUAUACCCUGCUACAUUUCGCAUUGUCCUUGAUUGAAAAUAUGCACGAAGCAUACUCUAUGUACCAUUGAUAAUGGUGAUUUUCCAAUCAAUUUCUUCGCACUAAAAUAAACGCAAGACUAUUACCACAAUAUAACAUUUUAUUAUAUAUCUAUAUCGUCAUCAUUAUAAAAACAAAUAUUCCGCAUAUUUUAUCUUCAAGUGUGAUGUCGACAUUUUUUAAUUUGAACAAAUGUUUGAAAUUCAGUGACAAACACAGUGUAUCUCAAAUCUGGUCGGUUGAUAUAUAAGGAUGUUUUAAGUGUCAUGUGGAAGGUUUUGUAAGUAAUUUAGAGAUUUUUCUUUAACAAAGAAUGAUCAUCAUGAUGUGAAUAUUGAAUUUGAUUAAAGAAUUGUGAACCAAUGCGUCUUUAUGUGGUUUACAACUACCGGCAAAUAAGUGCUAUGUUUCUUAC